AUUUGUUCCGCGGUUGAGAACACCUCGAAGACGUCACACAGGAGGAAGAACAAAACAAGAUGGCGUCUGGCGGAUAAUACGUUGUUUUGGUUCUUAUGGUUUCUUGGUCUUAAUUACAACGUACAUGUGCACACGUGUGUCGUUUAACAGAGUAAACGUCCUUAUUAAUUGUUUGUAUGCGGAUGCUUAAGUCUUUUAGCUGCUAACAAACAGAGGCGGAAGUGAUCGACACAUCAAAGCAGAGAUCCAAUAACAUCUUCACCCUGAGCAACAGAAGUGGAGCUUCAGGAUGCGGUUUGAGGAGCCACAGCCCUCCCACAUUAAGAAGAUAGCGGAAUACCCAUUGAUCCCCCAUUUUAAAAAGGAAGAGGAGGAUCCACAGACUACCCAUUUUAAAGAGAAAGAGGAGGACCCACUGACAGCCCAUUUUAAAGAGGAAGCGGUGGAGCCACUGAGCUCUCACAUUAAGGAGGAAGAGGUGGAUCCACUGACACCCUUUUUUAAAGAGGAAGAGGAGGACCCACUGACACCGCAUUUUAGGGAAGUAGCGAUAGAACCACUGAGCUCUCACACUAAGGAGGAAGAGGUGGACCCACUGAUUCCUCAUUUAAAAGAGGAAGAGGAGGACCCACCGACACCCCAAUUCAAAGAGGAAGUGGUGGAUCCACUGAGCCCUCACCUUAAGGAGGAAGAGGUGGAUCCACUGACCCCUCACAUUACGGAUGAAGAGGAGGACCCACUCACCCCUGUCAUUAAAGAGGAAGAAGAGGAACACAGCAUCAGUCAGCAGGGAGAGCAUCUUGAAGGACUGGAGGAGGUUGAUGUCACCAAGAUGCCAGUGACUGGUGUCCCUGUGAAAAGUGAAGAUGAUGAGGUCAAAGGUGAAAAUGAGGAGAAGAAAGAGGCAGAGCCUCCAAGCAGCAGCUCAACACAACACAUGAAAACAGAAGCUGAUGGAGACCACUGUGGAGGAUCACAAGCAGACAAGCUCUUAGCUCCACUAUCAGAUAGUGAGGACACAACGUCACACUCUCCUGACACUGAUGAUGAAGACUCUAAAGAUGAUAAGACAUGUCACACUGACAACACUCACUUCACAUGUUCUCACUGUGACAAAACUUUUAAAUAUCCUAGUGAUUUUAAAGUACACAUGAGAAUACACACUGGAGAAAAACCCUUUUCGUGCUCAGAAUGUGGUAGAGAUUUUAGACGCAAACAAAUGAUGAAAGAACACAUGAAAACUCACACUGGAGAAAAACCUUUUUCAUGUUCAAUCUGCGGUAAAGAUUUUACUCAAAGACAACAUUUGAAAGUACACAUGAGAACACACACUGGAGAAAAACCUUUUCCAUGUUCAAUCUGUGGUAAAGAUUUUACUCAAAGCUCAAAUUUGAAAGUACACAUGAGAACACAUACUGGAGGAAAACCUUUUACAUGUUCAAUCUGCAGUAAAGAUUUUACUGGAAAGGAAUAUUUCAAAGCACACACGAGAAUACACACUGGAGAAAAACCUUUUUCCUGCUCAGAAUGUGGCAAAAGUUUUGCAAUAAAUCAAAGGUUAAAAGUACACAUGAGAAUACACACUGGAGAAAAACCUUUUUCCUGCUCAGAAUGUGGUAAAAGUUUUGCAAUAAAUCAAAGUUUAAAAAUACACAUGAGAACACACACUGGAAAAAAAGCUUUUUCAUGUUCAAUCUGUGGUAAAGAUUUUACUCAGAGGCCACAUUUGAAAGUACACAUGAGAACACACACUGGAGAAAAACCUUUUUUUUUUUUUCAAUCUGUGGUAAAGAUUUUACUCAUUGGCCCCCUUUCAAAUCACACAUGAGAACGCACUCUGGUGAAAAACCAUACUCCUGUUCAAGCUGCAACAAAAGCUUAGGUCACCUAAGAUCUAUUAAAGUGCACGUGAGAACACACACAGGAGAAAAAUUGUUGAGUUGCAGUGUGUGUGGUGAAAGAUUCUCUU